AUGCAAGUGAACAUGUGAAGUUAGUCGAUGUUUUCAAUGCCAAGAUGGCGGACUUUACCGAUACAAAUUCGCACGGAAUGACAGAAAAUAAUAUUCAAAAACGUACUAAUAAUCAGUGGGUACGGUUAAAUGUUGGUGGAACAUAUUUUUUAACAGCAAAAACAACUCUAGCACGAGAUCCUAACUCAUUCCUGUAUCGGCUUUGCCAAGAAGACUCCGACCUCAUUUCCGACAGGGAUGAAACGGGGGCUUAUCUUAUAGACAGAGAUCCUACGUAUUUUAGUCCUAUUUUAAAUUACCUUCGACAUGGAAAAUUAGUAAUUAAUAAAGAUCUCACGGAAGAAGGUGUUCUAGAAGAAGCGGAAUUUUACAAUAUAACUGAACUAAUUCGACUUGUUAAUGAACGAAUAAUUAUGAGAGAUACUCGACCUACAAAGGACUCAGAAAAUCAUGUUUAUCGAGUGUUACAAUGUCAUGAAGAUGAAAUCACACAAAUGGUAUCAACACUGUCUGAUGGUUGGAAAUUUGAGCAGUUAGUCAAUAUUGGUUCUCAAUAUAACUAUGGCAAUAAUGACCAUGCAGAGUUUUUAUGUGUUGUUAGCAGAGAAUAUGGACAAAGUCAAAUAAAUACUAAAGAACAGGAAUCGACAGAUCGAGUAAAGGUACCAAUAUCUUAUUCGCAUUCUGCACACACCAGCCAAAAUAGUCGUUGAUAGUGUGAAAUUUUGAUCUUUAUAUUUUUUAUGUCAUUAUUAAGAUUAUUAGUGUCAAUAUGAUUACUUUAUAUUUAUUAUUAUGUUUAUAAUUAUUCUCAUUUUGAUAUUAUUUUGAUAAGAUAUAUUAAUUAUUAAUAUUACAAUUUUAGUAUGCUAUUACUUUUUAACCGACGUAACAAGCGACAAUUUACACUAAUCGUUUUACUUCUUUUCAUGAAGAUUAAUUGUUUCAAUUUAUUCGAUUUGCAAAAUAGUAACAUCACAGCCAAAGAUUUCAACGCUUAUAACCAAUUACAUACCAUAGACCAAAAUUCAUGAUCAUUUGAAAGAGAAUAAUUUAUAAUAGUUAUUUUGAGAAAUACCCCAUACUUAUCACUUGAAUCUCUUAAACGGCACUGCAGUAUUAUACUCACUUAUAAAUAAUCAACUUAUUAGUAUUUUAUAUUCAUUAUUUUUACAUUUUAGGAGUAAGGCUCAAAUAAUAUUAACAUAGCCAAAACCUCCGUAGAUAUUAUAUAAAAAAGUUUGCUGA